AUGUUUCUACUGUUAUUCCUCUUCCUCAAAACGAACUUCUAUGGUGAUUUGACAGAGCGAGAGAUUUUGAUAGUGUAUGACAAACUAACUGACACGAUGUGGGACUUUUUAAUGUUUGCUUCGAUCAUUGAUAGUCGGAUGACAAUUGAAUUAGCGUUUGUGUUAAUCAUGUAUGCUGUGAUGAAGUGUUGUCAGUUACUGAAUGACUCUCGCAAUGAUUAUUUUACUGAGGUGCAACGGCUAGAACCAACCAAUCGCGUGAAGAUUUUCUUUCUUUCAUUGAUCUUAGCAAUGACAUCGUUUGUUAUGGUAGAAAUGUUUUACGACAAAGGGAUUCAAACGUUGAAUAGACAGACCGUUUUCUUAUUCUUCUUCUUGAUGCUCUUUUUUGGAAGUACAUUGGACAUCACUAAACAAGUCUUGGCAGUCACUUACGCUUUGAAAGGGUUUAGAUGGGAAAAUUAUACUUUAUAUGUCCUUACGGCUAAGUUCAUUCAUUCAAUCACGUGCUUUACGGGAAUGUUCUUAUUGAUCGUCUCGUUAAUCCCUGAAGUCCCUUUGACCUUUUUGUUCUACGAAUUCAUAUUGGGCUCAAAGGUGUUCAACUUAUUUAAAAGAACAGUCGUCUAUAUGCACUUCCAAAGAUCUUUACAAAACAUCGAAGCAGUCACUUUCAACGAAGAGGAUGAAGAACACACUUGUAUGAUUUGUAGAGACGUAAUGACAGAUGCAGUCAAGUUGAAAUGCGGCCAUAUGUUCCAUAGAGAGUGUUUGCAACAAUGGUUCUCGAGAUCUUCUGACUGUCCUUUGUGUCGAACGGAAAUCGACUUCGAGAUUUCAGAAGACGAGGAACAUGACCCUGUAGCUCAAGACUGGCAAAUUCAUGAAGUCAAUUGA